AUAAUAAAUAAAAAACAAAAAAUAAAAAUAAAACGUAUAACAAAAAAGUUGUCUUUCUAACUUCAAAGAUAUUUUUUCAUAAAAAUAUAAAAAUAUAUAUAUUUUAAUUAAAUUUUGAACGCGAAAGUGUAAAAUAAAAUCAGAUUUUAAUUAUGGCUGAUGCAGGCGCCAACGAUCUACACGAGGCACCAAAUAGUUUACAAAGUCAAAAUAACGUUAGCGCCGCUAGUGCUGCUAGUGCUGCUACACACCCAUUGCAGGACAUCGAACUAACAAUGGACGAGCCAGAUAGUUCCAAUGCAUCACACAAUAAAACAAACAACAAAGAAAACUGGGUUAAAUUUGAUGACGAAGUUAACGAAAAUACUGAAAAUAAUAAUAAUAAUAACAACGGCAACAGUGGUGGCAAUAAUAAAGCCACUAAUAACAGUGAAAAUAUCACAAGAGAAAAAACAAAAGCAGCUCAGUCAACGUCAACUUCACCAAACAAGUUACUACCACCACCGAGAGCAACACACACCGGCGCAACAGCGGCAGCAGCAGUAGCAAAGCCAAUAACAUCGGCUACAGCUACACACGAUAAAGCAACUUCAAAUGAGAGUAAACAACAACAACAACAAACGGCAACAUCUGCACCUGCACAGCGUAGUCCAAUUUCCUCAAAAACAUUGGCGGAUGUAGCUCCCGCUGUUUUAACCACAGAAAGCACGCACGUCAAUUUAAAUGCAUCCGGUAAACCGCAACAAAAUCCUCAACAGCAACAACACCAAAAAUCAAAGCCAGCUAAUGUCUUGGCAACGUCAAAUAGUCAACAACACAAUACAUCAAGUCAACAUCACAGCAAUAACGGGGCGAGCAAUGUUACGAUUCCCAUUGAAACAGCACCACCAAUGCGUACUAUUGAACUUUCAACGGGCAGAAUACGUGAGGGAUUUGCAAAUGGUGAUGUGAUUGUCACGCUGUUACCUGCAAAUACAAAAUGGCCUUGGAUAACACCGGCCAUCUUUCGACCAGAGUUAGUACCAGAGGAAUUAAUGGCACAAGGUUUAACUCUAACUGUUGAAGAAUAUGUACAGGCUAUGGAGACCUUAGUAAAUGAUUACCGAUUUACUGUAUACAAUAUCUGUUAUAAAAGGAUCUUAGUUUGUUGGAUAUUAUUUGCUUUCGCUGUACUACUUACGUUACUAUUCUCUGGUUUGCAAGGUGUCGCCUUGUUUUCCUUAGGCGUUGGUUGGCUGUUUUUGAAUGCUGCUGCAAUUUUCCUUUGUAUGUGGGUUAAAUUACGUUUGUCCCGCGGUCUGGAGAAGUGUUUGGCACGUGUAAACAAGCAACUAAUGAAGCACAAGAUUUUACUUGUGCUGGACGAUCGUGGUCGCAUAUCGUGCCAUAAAGUGAACCUAUGUUUUCUUUACUUCGAUGCAACACAAUGUGUUAACUUUUUAAAUGAAUUUCUGGAACACACUGAACAGAAUGGCGGUGAGCGAAUAAAAGCCGGAUGGGAGGCAAAAUUGGAUAUUGAUGUGAAUGAUAUUGUUAUACAGGGCACCAAUCCAGUGCGUCUGUCCCGAAAACAG